AUGUUACUAAAUGCUACUGCUCAACAUCGUGUUAAACAUUUUGAUCUUUUAUUAGCACGUAAAUUAGCAUUCAUUGAACGUGAACAUGAACAAAAUAUAAUAAUACAUAAAAAUCUUGAAAAUUCUAUUCGUCGUGAUACAAAUCGUAAGAAAACUACAUUAUCAUUUGAUGAAAUUUAUCAUGAACCACAUCAAACAUUGAAUUAUUAUAAAAUGAAUUUUUCAAAAAAUAAUUAUUUAAAUGAUAAAUCUUCUUCUUCUGUUGUUAGUAGUAAUCAAAGUCAAGACGAUGAAAUAAUACUUCAAACGUCAUCAAAAUAUCAACGGCAAUGUUCAAAACAUCAACGUUUACCUCCUAUAAUAAAAGCAAGUCUAUUAAAUCGACAAAAACAAUCAACUGAUGAAUUACAUUGGAUACAUCAUUUAAGACAAACAAAUAAACGUAAAGAAAGUUUUAAUGAAACAUAUUUAGAACUUAAU